AUGGAGGAUGCUCCGUAUGACUAUAAAAUUUUAACCAGACCUCGCGAAACGCAAGCAAAUUCGAUAAGUACCCAUUCUGCUGGACAGGAAACGAAACUAUUAGGAAUUAACAAGACUUUCGAAGCUGAACUCCAGGCUUAUGAAAACUUAAAGAUUCGCGAGGAAACUUCGGAAGAUUGGGUUUUCGAUGAAAAUAGUGGAUACUAUUACAGCAGAUCUGCACAAACAUAUGCACUGUGGGACAGCCAUAAUCAAGAAUGGAUGUACUUUGACAGCAAUUCUGCAUGUGAUCCGGAGCAAAGCAGAACUAAUGAAUCAACAUCUAUUUCAAAUAAAGAGUAUGGUUCUGAAGAUGCCACAGAUGGUGCACGCGAGGAAGGACAGUUAUCUGAUUCGGAAACAUGCGGGGUAACUUCUUUACCGGCAAUUGAUAACAUAAUUAAUGAACCUGAUCAAAAAUACAAAAAUAUAUCUGAUGUUGAUUCGGUUUCACACCACGUUGGCAAAUCCGAAAAACAAAAUACGCGUAUUUUUUCACCUCCACAAGGUUAUGUCAAAACUUCUGAAGCACAAUAUUUUUUUCAUCCAGAAAGCAAUAUAUGGUUCGAUGUGUAUUCUGGUGUCUAUUCAGCAUAUGACGAAUCUACUCAGACUUACACUCCUGUCGAUCUAUCAUCUAUCGUUUACACAUCUCCCGUUAGUAAUGAAGAUUCUGCAAUAGAUCAAGGUGAACCUGGUAGCGAUGCGACUCUCAGAUUAGUGGUUAUGGAAUCUGGGAUUCUUAAAUCUGGUCAUUUAGUGCUAGUUGAUGCGAACGGAAUUUCGAUGGGAAGAGAUAGGUGGGAUGAUCGACGACUUCGUUUGGCUGAAAUGCCCACUUCAAAGCAUCAUUGUCAAAUAUAUUGUUCUUCAUCCACUGCUGAUGCUAAAUCUGAUGAUGAUGAUCCAUCAUCUGUUACAACCUUAGAUACAUUUUUUAUUGUUGAUAUUGGGUCACAGAAUGGUACAUUUGUUAAUUCAAAACGAUUAUCAGAAAGUAAGAUGAGCUCAAAGCCUCAUCAAUUAUGUCAUUUGGAUGAGUUGGUAGUUGGGAGCACCAAGUUUCAAGUACACUUGCAUAAACAAUGGACCUGUGAUGUUUGCACUGUAACUGAAGGAAAGAUGAUUGACAUAUCACAAAAGCUCGAUGGGAAUGCUAAUCAUAAUAAAAUUAAACAAAAAGGUUCGGAAGGGGAUAUAGGGUUCGAUGGCACUAGUAAUAAUAUUAAUGCAACACAAAAAGAACUUUUGGAAUUUCAACGUCGUGAAGAAUUAAAUCGGUUGAAACGAAAAUAUAUGGGUCAACCGAGUAUUAAGCCUAAAUAUACGAAAUACGUCGAUCGGGCAGCAAUAAGAAGGGAGAUUCAUCCUGAUAAUAGUCCGAUAAGAAAAGAUUGGGAAGAUGUCUCUCGUAUAAAUUCUGAAAUAGAGGUAAAUGUGCAGACCAAGAUUGGGUCUGAAAAUAGAGGAAAUAAACUUUUACAAAAAAUGGGUUGGAAGGAAGGACAAGGCUUAGGGUGUAAUGGUACAGGAAUUUUGGAUCCUGUACAGCUUGUGACUAAUGAAGGAACUAAAGGACUUGGCGCUAGUGCUAGUACUGUAAAAAAUCCAUCCGAAACUCUUCAGGAAGCAACUCGGCG